UUCUCACCUUUCAUAGAAGACUUUUCAAUGGGCACCCACGUAGGACCCAGAAUAGUUAACAGGAAAGGAGGAUUACAUUGAGUUCCAUUUCCACUGGUUCCCUCUACAUCCCUGACAAUCCACAUCCUCCUACAUCCACUUUGCUGCAGUACAAAGCAAUCACUGUGCAGUGGCAGAUUUAUGCCACAUGGGAGAGUCCUCUGCACAUCACAUCCCUGCCAUGCCAGGCACACAGGGAUUCUGUCACUGAGCUGUCCUUCCAACACACCAUUUGAAUCUUAUUUUAAUUUUUAAUUAAUUUUUAACAGUCACAGGCUACCAAGUUGUGCUUUGGUCUUUCUAAAAGAGAAAACAAAAUAUCUGUUUUCCCCAUUUAAGUCCCACCAUAAAAAAGGGAUUUAACUUUUCAAGCUUCCCAAGUGUGAGGGCUAUGGUAAACACAUGAAUGGCAUCGCCCCAGGAGCUCUGCUGCACCUCUGUGCCUUCUCAUGGGCACUCGACAACCCCAAUGGCCACAAGUGAUGGCCCCAAAAGGGAGAAAAGGCCCCCAAAACGUCCCCCAGAGCACGAGGGGGCAGCUGACAACUGCAGAGCCACGUGGUGCAAGGUCAAACUGCUGCUGCAACCCCCCUGCUGCUUUCACAACAAAACACAACAUGUACAUCAAAAGUCCACGUGCUGCACGUGCACCAACACCUCCCGGCCUCAGAGCCGAUCCAAGGGGGAAAAGUCAGCACAGCCUGUUGCCAGCUACCCCGAAAGGGCCCCCGCCGGCAGAGCUGGGCACCUGCUUUGGCUUCUCAGCACCUGCCCCAGCUCUGUGGGGCUUUGGGAACGGCUCCACCACGGGCUACGCACCCAAAAGGACAAGGGAGGUCUGGGAAGGGAUGGCUGGAGGGCUCGGGCAGGGCCAACCUCCCGGCCAGAGCAAGUUGUUCUGCUUGCACUUGUCCCGCGGGGAUGAGAAAAGGACGGUGCUUCGGGACGGCUGCCGAGCCUGGAUGGCUCUUUGCUGGCAGCCCGCGUCACUGUGACACACAGGAGCCGGAAGGAAGCAGUCAGGCGGUUUGGGAAGAGCCAGCACAUCACCCCUCUCGCCCUGUCCCUGGGGAUUCAGUGGUGCCCUGGGAGCUCGACCUGCCCUGACCUGCCGUGGGACACGUCCGUGCACAGCCCCCCCAUCCAGCCAUGCUGCACUUCCUCUGGGACAGCAUCUCCUUCCAUACGCUCCUCAUCUUCCUCAUUGUCUUCCUGUUUGUCGCUGACUACAUGAAGAACAGAAACCCAAAGAACUUCCCUCCCACCCCUUUACGCCUUCCCUUUGUAGGGCACCUUUACUUGAUGAACUUCAAAGAUCCCCGAGUGGGAGUGAAGAAGCUUACUGAAAAUUAUGGUGACAUCUUUGGCUCUUCGAUGGGCAGCAUGAAGUUUGUGAUGGUAAAUGGGAUGCGGCUGGUUAAGGAAGUGCUUGUAAACCAAGGGGAAAACUUCCUGGAGCGACCAGAAAUGCCUUCCGAAAUCUUCAGCAAGAUGGGACUGAUCUCCUCCAAUGGGCACUUGUGGAAGGCACAGAGGAGGUUCACCCUGAGCACCCUCCGAAACUUUGGCUUGGGGAAGAGGAGCGUGGAGGAGCGCAUCCAGGAGGAGUGCCGAUUCCUCGUGGAUGCCUUUAAGGAUGAGCAGGGGAAUCCUUUUGACCCUCAGUUUACACUCACUAAUGCUGUUUCAAAUGUCAUCUGCUCCCUCACCCUCGGCAAUCGGUUUGACUACCAUGAUGAAGACUACCAAAAAUUGCUGAAGCUGAUGUAUGAAACGACUGCCCUCAACGGAACCAUCACAGCCCAGCUGUACAACUCUUUCCCAUCUAUAAUGAAGUUCCUCCCUGGAGCACACCAAACCAUUUUUAAAAACUCGAAGUUGUUGAAAAGCUACAUGCAAGAACAGAUCAACAAGCACAAGGAGGACUGGAACCCCUCAGAGAGCCGGGACUACAUCGACAGCUACCUGCAGGAGAUAGCCAAGGACAAGGGCAGUGACACCUUCCGGGAGGAACAUCUCGUCGCCUGCACCCUUGACCUGAUGUUUGCUGGAACCGAGACCACUUCCACGACCCUCCGCUGGGCUCUGCUGUUCAUGGCCUUACAUCCAGAAAUUCAAGCCCGUGUGCAAGCCGAGAUCGACGCCGUCAUCGGACAGGCUCGGCAGCCAGUGCUGGAGGACAGGAACAACAUGCCCUACACCAAUGCUGUCAUCCAUGAGGUGCAGAGGAAAGCCAACAUUAUCCCUUUCAAUGGGCCAAGAAUGGCAGCAAAGGACACAAUCAUGGAUGGCUUCUUCAUCCCAAAGGGCACUAUGUUGUUGACAAAUUUAACCUCUGUGAUGUUUGACAAGAAUGAGUGGGAAACCCCCGACAAUUUUAACCCUGGGCAUUUCCUGAAGGAUGGGAAGUUCUGGAAAAGAGAAUCGUUUUUGGCAUUUUCUGUGGGGAAGCGCGCCUGCCUGGGCGAGGUGCUGGCCCGCUCCGAGCUCUUCCUCUUCUUCACGUCUCUGCUCCAGAAAUUCACCUUCCAGGCACCCCCGGACACCACACUCAGCCUCCACCCCGUGAUGGGCAUCACGAUGGCCCCACAGCCCUACAAGAUCUGCGCUGUGCCUCGGUAGGGAAGCCUCAGCCACAAUCCUCACAGGGAAAAUCCUUUGUCAGGAGUGCGGAAAACAAGCCCUUGGCAACUCAUCUGGGCUAAUAAAAUAAAAAA